GCCUAGCCGAGCGGCCCAUCGGGAAUGUUCGGCAGCCAACACGGUAACCAAAGAGAAAAAGAAAGAAGGGCAGACGCAGGAGCAGAAAAGCGAACGGGAAUCCAAACGAGAGCUCAGAUCUGCAUAACACAAAUAUUCACAGCACCAAUCAUGCCUACCGGCUUCGUGUUCUACUCUGGAUCGUUUUCCAUUUCGUUUGAUUCUGAGCGAGGAUUUUCAAGCAACCCGACCCCUCCUAAACCACCAAGUCGGAACGGUAUGGUGGCUUCUGAAGAAACUGUCAUGAAUUAUCUUACUGAAUAUGGAGUUAAUAAUAUCAAAAGUGUUAAGCUUGUUGAGCCCAAAUUCCCCAAGAACUCAUAUGCAAGGCAAUGCAAUAAUCUGCUAGAGCUUUUUGCAGAGCGUAUGGUCGAGGAGAAUGUAUUUGGUGCUCAAAGCUACCGCGAGGCUCUGCUGAAGUAUUGUGGAGUUGAUAUUGAGUACUAGUCAUUUUAAUUACUAAUCAUAAUCAUGUAUUUAUGCAUUGCCCAUCAAACGUGCUAUAUCCCCAUAAUAGAGCACCCGAUGAAUGUAAUCUUUCGUGUUAUAUCAAUGACGAUGGUAAAUAUAUUGUGUACAGCAAUCGUAAAAUGUGCCAUCAAUAGCAAAACAUGAGAAGAAACAUGUUCUUGCCACCUCUCUCAGUUGUUUCUUGACGGUCACUGCUACCCUUUGAUAUUUGCUUUAGAUACAGUCAAUACAGAAACGAUAAACCCAGGAAAAGCUCCAGGAUAAUGGGUUGCAAUUGAAACAUGAUGAUCACAUAUUCACAUCGACUAUGUACUUCUUGUACGGCCACUUGGUCCCAACUCAUAUUGAGAAGAUCUCCAAUCCACACAGGCGUUUAAAUUUGUCAAUUGGUUUUGGAUCUGAUUAUCCUUUCUAGUCAUUCACAAGCAUCAGCACUCGCGACUCUGCACAUUGAACCUUCGUACUGCUGUUCAAGAGUUAGCUCCUCCAUGAAUUUCAAGUGAUUUGGUCCUGUGUCGGGUUUCAGCAGUCAUCUUGAAUCAGCAAAGAAACUGAAAAGUCUACCACUGACUGACAAUAUUGACAUGAAAUGGAAAGUACUUGACAAAAGCAUUAUGCUUAUCAAUGUUAGAAUGAAUUUUUAUUCUUUUCAGAUUUAGCGAGAGAAAGAUGGCCUACAUCAGCAGUCUGUAUUACCUACAAGAAAUCAGGCUUCUCUUUUGAAGUUCAGUCUAGAGUUCAAAAAUAUAAUGCCCUGUCACAAGGUUUUUCUUAUAUAAGGGUGAGGAGAUAUUAUUAGGGUAAAGGAAAGAGAGAACAAUGAUUACAAGAAUUUAUAUGAGUUGAAACAGAGGGAUAAAAGAAGGUUAAGUACAGUCACUACCUAAGAGAAAAUGAACAAAAUCAGCCACCUCAUUGGAUUGACCUGAUGCACAAAACAAAGGCAGCAACCUUUGCAAGGCAAAGUAGCAGGACAACACAAUUCAACAGGCAGUUGGCAGCCACACGGGCACAUUUCAGCAGCUUAAAAUCUGCAGCAGCAUCCCGAGACAUUUCAAUGGCUUUAAGAGUAAGGGCAAACCAGCUGCACUAUGGACAGCCACUCUAUUUCACAAUGUCUGCUAAUUAAGCCACCCGCAGAGACCCAAUUCAGAAGCAGUUUACAAAUUUUUUGGAAGAUCAUCUGCCAAGGCUUUGUCUCAUAGCGAAAGCAUCUUGCAUUCCGCUCUUUCCAUAUUUCCCACGUGAAAGCAUGAUGGAUACACUUUAAAAAACAACCUUUCCAUGAAGCUUGAUCUUGGUGAGGCCAGUUUUUAAUAAUGUUGUCAAUGCUGCCCAGAAAAGGUCCUGUGACUUCAACCAUGUUCAGCAGUAAGUACCAAAUCUGACUGCUGUAACUGCCUGCCACAAGGUUAGAGUGUCAUGAACAUCACUGAGCACUGGAUAAGAAAUGAAGCUCAUGCUAAGAGCACUAACUUGUUAGUCAAGUAUCAACAAUGCAACUCACAGGAACUUAGCGAUGUAUCGAUGUCUGUGUAUUCACGAGAAUUUUUAGACCAGAAGAGCUGAGAGGUGACACUUAAGCAAAAGAAAGGUUCAACAAAUGAAAACCCAAGCAAGAGCCUGGCAACAGAAGGAUGCCAAAAGUUUCAUACAUCCAUUUAGUCUUCCUUUUACCUUACUUCUCUAUGUUCUAUUUUUUAUCCUGUGAAGAACAUUGUCGGGGAUCACAAGACCCUUUCAUUCAAUAUGGGAAUAUAGCUCUUACUUGUUGGUGGAAUAGGCUUCUUCGUUCUCUAAUCUGCGAACCCCCAUACCAAUGUUUAACCGUAUUGGCAGUUGGGGUUAAGUUCCUAACCUUCGUUUCUGCAAUUGCUAACUAGCAUGAAAAUGUUCCUCAGUUGGCUUCCUCAGUAUGCUGUAAUAACAAAAGCAAGUAAUAUAGUUGUCAGGAGUUU